AUGAAGCUUUCUCUCGGGAAAUUUGGAUUGCAGCAUUGCGACCUGCCGACAAUGUUUGCUAACGUCGCAAUUUUACUACGCCUUAUCACCAUCAACAUCAACCAUCGCUUCAGCAAAUGUAUUCCUUUGAUUUUCUAUAUAACGACUUCUAUCGCGGGAUUGACUUACAUUUAUGGCUACAUCUUCUCUAUGAUCUGGAAAGAAAUAGAGAACUUCGUUGAUAAGUUUUUACAAUGUGACUCUCGUGUCACACCAAACACAAGAUUUGCUAAAAAUCUGCGUAAGAUGCUUAAAGUCGUUAAGAGAAGAGCAACAGUUAUUUGGGCGCUUCUCGUGUCCGAUGGUGUCAUUUACCUCUUGAUACCAUUUUUACUUCCCGGGAGACAACUAACUGUCGACGUCUACAUAUUUUACGGUUUAGAACCCAUGUUGGAGACACCCAAUUACGAAAUAGCAAACUUUGUCAUGAUUGUGGGCAUUGGUUUUGCAAUUUAUACAAUGGUCAGUGUAAUGGCAUAUAUCAUUGUUAUCGUUGGUUAUAACGAGGCACAAUUACAUGCCCUCAGCGAGGAACUAUUAAACGUAUGGGAUGAUAGUCAAUACUUCUACAAUAACAUCGAACAUAGGAUAACUGAUGAUCACGAAUCAUACACUCAAAAUCAAAUAAUGAAUGAAUAUGUCAGAAUCAGUCUUAAAAAUAUCACGAAAUUUCACAUUGCAAAUAUUAAUCCUACGCGUGAAUUGGACUACGAUAUGAGAACUAUACUGGCAUUUGAAUAUAGUAUUAAAGCGGUUUCUAUAAUAUCUGGACUGCUCGGUGGACUAGAGAAUACGUUUCUUCAAUUACCGUAUAUGAUUAUGCAAAUAUUUAUGGACUGCCUGUCUGGACAGCGGCUGAUCGACGCGUGUGAACAGUUUGAGAAGUCCGUGUAUUCAUGCAAAUGGGAAAAAUUCAACGUAAGCAAUCAAAGAACUGUACGUUUGAUGUUAAUGAUGUCACAGAAAACUCUUAUGCUAUCAGCCGGUGGUGUUGUGAAAUUGAAUUUUAACUUCUUCAUGAAUAUACUAAAGUCAACGUAUUCUGUAUAUACGACAUUAAAAUCAACAGUAAACUAAU